GAGAUUUAUAUGUGAAGUAUCUAGAUAGAGAUUUAUAUGUGAAGUAUCUUCGUAGAGAUAUAUGUGAAGUGUCUUCUUUUGCUGAGUUCGAUCAAAAGAAACGAUGGGCAGUGAAGGAAACAUUCUUCAGGUGACAGAGAUGAGAAGCCCAUUGAGCAUCACCACGACAGACUCAGCUAGAGCUGAAGAAGCAUCUAAAAGGGUAAGUUUCACACAAAAAGCUGGAAAGAAAAGCCUUUCCACCAUAGCCAAACUUGUCAAGUUGCUUCCCACUACAACUGUGCUUUUGUUCCAUAUUCUUUCUCCCCUUGUAACGAAUGGGGGUCAUGGUUGCAGCAAGGUCAAUAGAAUUUUAACAGGGGCUCUGUUAUCCUGUUGUUCUUUUAGCUGCUACUUUAGUUCUUUCACAGAUAGUUUUAGGGCAGAUAACGGGAAAUUAUACUAUGGGAUUGCUACCAAGAAAGGCCUAUGGUUAUUCUGUAGAUGGGAACAGAAACACUUUGAUCCUUAUUUAUCUGAUUAUAGACUUAGGUUCAGAGACUUUGUGCAUGCAGUGCUUUCUGUUGUGGUGUUUGCUACUAUUGCUCUUGUAAAUACAAAUAUUGUACGGUGCUUUUAUCCAUCGUUAACAGAGAAUCAGAAGGGGCUAUUGAUGGGUCUUCCUGGGGCUGUUGGGGUUGCAACCAGUGUGGUGUUCAUAAUAUUUCCCUCAAAGCGCCAUGGAGUUGGGUACCCUCGCUCCAAAUAACUGAAACGUAUGUUUGUCUAGCUCAUACUGUACAGCUGAUAUCUAGAUUUGGUAUGUAGCUGGUGUGAAUGGAUUUAGGGUUAUGUGGAUUUGAACAAUAAAUGUAUACUUUCACAUGUAAAUUUUAGGUCUAUAGUGAUAUGUAUUGUUUGUUUGAUAUCA